UGUAAUAGCGGGGUAGUUGGGACGAACUGGUCUCCAGUCUUGCUUAGCGUUAACCCCUACUCUACCGUCGCUACUGUACCCUACACCCGUAUUGUCGGAGCCCACCCGUCUCAUUGCAAGUCUGUGAAAGACGAGGCUUGGAUUACCAGUGUUGUGCUUGAUACGAACAUGUCUAUUUGCACUGGAGACACGUAUGGUGUGUGUUCAACAGAAUGUUCUAAUGAGAACUUAGUAUAAAUACCUACCUACGUCUUGUCCUGCUUUCACAUGCAGGAUGGGAGGAUUAUUCAUAACUUAAUAACUCCCUGAGCGUGACAACUAUCUGUAGGAUACUCCGACCUUAUCGAACAGGUAAACACGCUAGACAUAUUUCACCUUAUGGUAUUCGGAUGCGGUCUUGCAUAAAUGAGAGUGCAAAACAAAUACAACAGAGCAACAUGUAGAGAACGAGACCAGUCAAGCGGAUUAUUCUGAGCCGGAGAUAAUCUGUGUAGUCGUGGUAUGCAGUAAUAAGAGGGUGGUAGGACCGAGCUGUCGAGUCACACGGACAACAUCUAGGCACUGGUAGCUUGUCGAUUUCACCUGGAGAUUUACCUGGCGGCACACUUCCAACGGCAUACCUGUCUGUUGACAGAUGUUAUUGUGGCACUGUAAUAAGCUGUGACAUUUAUGGAAUAAUCUAGUUACACCAACACCAUGGCUAAAACAUCGGCCGGCAGGUUAAUGUCGGAAUGGUACGACGUGUCUCUGAAGAAGGAAGCGUUACCUCACCGCAACAGCGUCGUGAUCACCGUCACACAGGGCGCCGCCGCUGCAUUUGGGAUAGAUGACGACGAUGACAAGUACUCGGUGUCGGAGAUGUCGGUGGGGGCGACGAAAAAUGAGAAACAGGGCAAGAACUCCCGAGAAGCUUUUGGAAAACCUGGCUUCACGAAGAACCACCUGGGACUGGAACGCAUGAAAUCCGUGGUGGCUGAGACCCACAUGACCGACACCGAGUCCUCCAGCACGGAGAACUGCAAGCCGGACACAGAGGAGUCUACUCCAGUUCCGCCGUUCAACUCAGGGCAAGAGGAAGAGGGGUCCCCGGGGGAAGGGGCCUCAAGUAAGACGCGUAGAGGCAGGGACGACGACUCCAUCGUCAGCAGCGAAGUCGACGACAUCGACACCCUGACAGGACCUUCAAGUUUCGCGCUGUUUGCUCAAACCAAGUUCCAGCUCCGUACGACGCAUGUCUACAGUUGUGCAGCUCUACAGGGCUCCCUGCUGCCAAAACACGACAGAGCUGACACACUGGCGUCCCUGGCCUCGUGGGUGACCAUCCUCCGGGUGAUGGGGGAUCUCCCAGAGAGCUCAGGACAGUUCCUCUCCGUCAUCGGGGAGGAACCAUCUAUCAUAUCCAAGGUCAAGGCUGGCUUCAAGAGGAAGUACACAAGGAAAGACCUGGAUGAUACUCAGAAGAAAUAUUCAGAAUAUUUCAAAGAUCCCGUGAGUGCCGAGGUCUCAGAUAUCCCCUUCUUACCCAGCGGUAAGGAGACAAUGCUUGAGAAGAUACAGUACCUGUGCGCCCUGGGUAUAUACAGAACUGACCUAAGAGACGAGUUAUACUGCCAGUUAUGUAAGCAGUUGACGAACAACCCGUCCAGGAACAGCACAGUGCGAGGCUGGGUGUUGAUGAUGCUGUUCGCCGGAUGCUUCACGCCCUCGGAAAAGUUCGCCCCGUGUUUCCGAUGUUUCCUAAAGGAGGGGCCGACAGAGUUCACCCAAAAAGUGGAGAAGCUUACCCGGAGGACCAGCGUUGCAGGAACUCGGGGGUUCCCUCCCAGCUGGCUGGAGUUCCAGGCGGCCAAGAACUCCAAACCUAUCCUUCUUCCCGUCACCUUCAUGAACGGCCAACGCAUCCUCAUUGAGGCGGACGCAGCUACGACGGUGCGGGAGCUGAGCAACAACCUCGCAGAGACGCUGGACUUCAGCGACAACGAGGGGUUCUCAAUCUACGUGUGUCUCCACCAGAAGAUCUCCUGUCUCGGCCACGGUCUUCACCGGAUAAUGGAUGCCGUGUCGGAAUGUGAACAACACACCAAGCAAAUGGGCAUGCGCGAGAGCAGCUCCCUCUGGCGGCUGUAUUACCGGAAGGAGUACUUUACACCUUGGCAUGAUGCCAAGGAAGACCCCUCCUCCACCGACAUCAUCUACCAGCAAGUGAUGAGGGGGAUCUCACUCGGCGAAUACCAGUGUCAGAAGGAGGAAGUGUUCGUCUUGCUGGGGGCACAGAGAUACUACCUGGAGUACUCGGAGGUGACGGAUCAGAAGAAGUUGGACAACCUGUGCCGGAACUGGUUCCCGGACGCUUGGAAGGAGGAGAAGGGGGUUCCGUACUUUGUCCAGAAGGUGGAGGAAGCGGUCACUAACAACUUCGGAAGCAAGAAGCCCCCCCACGCGGACAUCAAGGCGGACAUCGUCACGUUCGCCAUCAACAAGUGGUCUCUGAUGUUCUCUCGCUACUACGACGCCAGCAAGGUCACAGGGCCCGGGGUGAAGGUCAAUGGGCCGGGGUUUACUGCCGUCAACGUCGUGGUGGGUCUGAGUGGGAAAGGGAUGUACGUGCUGGACAAUGGAGACUCGAUACGUGUGCAGCUGCCGUUUUAUGAGAUGUCCAAGAUUGUCAAACACAGACACACAGUUAACAUCACCACCGUCAAGGAUGAGGAGUACUCCGUCAUGUCCAAUCACUCCGAUGACUUCCAUCUCCUCCUGGCGUCAUUCAUAGAAGGCCUGCAGAUGCGCUCCAAGUACGCAAUAGUCAUCGACAACAAGCAAGAUCUGAAGAAGGGAGACCUCAUCACGCUGGACAAGGCAGUCAAGGAAUACAAAAAGCUGGACCCCUUCCGUGGCGUGUGUCAGAGGACAGGCAAGCCGUGUGACGUACCGCGGGACCUGGUCUGUGUCCUCAACACCGUGGAUGAGCCUUCCUCAGAGGUCCUGACAAUGUUUACAGUGCAAUUAGAGAGAGACACUCAGGUGUUCAGGAACCAGGACGAUGGCCGGCCUCAUACACUCCAGAAAUACUCAAGAUAUCAUUUCAGACAACCCAACGAGAAUGCCGUGACGAAGAUGUUCAACAAGGCUUCUAUAAAACGCGGGAAGGGCAAGAGUGACCUCAUCUGGCAGUUCAGCAGGGACCCCAUCAAGAAGCCCCUCCUGAGAAAGUCCUUGAACCGAGAUGACACGCGCCUCAUGGCUUGUCGAACAUUCACUGCAGUCCAGCAGUUCAUGGGGGACGCACUCCUGAAGGACAAUGUGACGGACAUUGAGCUGGCCAAUCGCUGGAUCGUCGAGCCGGCCAGCAGAAGUAGAUAUUUACGAGAUGAAGUUUUCUGUCAAGUUAUCAAGCAACUGACCAACAACUCGAACAAGUCAAGUGAGGAACGUGGGUGGUUGUUGCUGCUGAUGCUGGCUACGACGGCGAUCCCGGGGGAGGGGCUGUAUGAUGAGGCGCAGAAGUUUGUGCGGUCAAGCCCUCUCCCCAUCGCCAAGCUGUGUGGUGAGAGGCUGGAGAGAGCUAAGACACGCGGCUGUCGACUGUGGCCGCCCCACCCAGCUGAGCACGACAUGCUGUCCAGGAAGCUGCCCACUGUCCGAGUGAAGGUGUACAUCCCUGACAACACCUGUCAGACAUUCGACGUGACGUCAGUGACGAGAAUCAUCGACAUUAAGCGAGAGGUGUGCACGAGACUUGGCCUGAAGACGUGGGAAGAGUACAGCUUGUUCAUGAGCUUCCAGGACAGCGUUCACUCCCUCCAAGAAAACGAGUACUACUUUGACGCCCUGUCGCAUGCCGAGAUGUACUGGGUGUCUCAGAAAGCCGCCAUUCGGGCAAGACUGUCCGGUCCGCUGACCCCGGUCCUGGUGAUGCUGAAGAAGGUGUGGGUCAAUAUCAAGCCUGGACACGACUCGGUGGCCGAUGUGUGCUUCCACUUCCCGCAGGAGCUGCCCAACUUCAUCCGUGGGUAUCACCAGACUACAGAUGACGUGACCGCCAGACUCGCAUCUCUCGCGUACAGGGCCAAGUACGGCAACGAACCCAAGCCACUCAAGGAAACAUUCAGUGAGGUCAGCAAGAGCAUUGCCCCGAAGAAGCUGUUGCAGACGCAGUCCUCGGAAUACUGGUCCAAGACAAUCACUCAGUACUACGACGAGAGUAAGGAUCUGAGCCAGGAUCAAGCCAAGGCUUCCUUCCUCAAGGUCAUUAGCCAUCUCACGACAUAUGGAUCCAUAUUCUUUGAAGUCAAGCAACGAGCUCAAAAAGACCUUCCCAAGAACCUCCUGGUGGCCAUCAAUAUGACAGGGCUGCACCUGAUUGACUCCAACACCAGGAGAAUGUUGAGGACACUGGAGUUCUCACAGAUCCCCAACUGGGCCUUCGACGAAGACUCCAUCACGCUGAUGGUGAUAGAUGGGACGAACACCACCAAGAUGCUGCUGGAAACAAGCGUGGGGCACAACAUGGACGACAUCCUCAUGGCCUACAUCAGCUGGGUGAUGAACACACAGAUGCGGAAGAAGCACGGCUUUGCAGGUUCCCCAGCUGGUGAAAGUACCUGUUAGUGUCGCACACAGCUUCAUCAGGCGUACAGCUGCACGAGAAACACAGCUGCGAGGCGAACAAUCCUGAUCUGACCAGCCCUACAAACUGACGUGGAAAGUGCUGCCGCACAGACAAGGGUGUGUGCCUGACUUAUUUAUAUAAUUAAUGGCUUACGAGGACAUUCGAAGUGCCACGCCUACCACGCCAUCAGGAUACCCAACCGUGGGGAUGUGCUGGCUAGAUAGGUCAAGAAUGUGUCACGUGGACCAAUACUUACAUCAACCGAUUCAAAGUAUUGUUGCGUUGCCUGGCGAAUACUCAUUUAACUACAGGCUUCCAGCUUAAAGUUUCAUAUAUCAACGCUUCAUCACAAGUGUUAGUCCUCAGCACUGCAUGCAUGCCUGUCUCGGCCGACAUAUGACCGACCAGUAUAUAACUAUCUCUGUCAUCAUAGACAUGCGCAGUAGAAGCCAUCACGUCGGACUAUACAUACGUUCAUUCCUAAUAUGUUCUUAGCGUUGUGUAACCAUUGACAUCAGUUCCUUCUCUUUGAUAAUACUUCCAUUUAAAGUUAACAAACCUAUACGUCGUAGCCUGUAUGUUACUAGUAUGAUGUCUAUAUACAUGUAUAUUCAUGAUAAUGUCGAGUGAAUGUGCAGUUGACAUCGAGUUAUACGAAGUCGGUAAUAACGAACAUUCGGUUAUACCAAAUCAGGUGUUUAGUCUUUAAUUGUGGUAAUCAAGUUACAUGUAUUUUCAUAUAAAAGGUAACUUCGGCUAUGCCGAACUAAACAUGACGAUCAAUUUGAGUUCGUCUUAUCCGGUCUUUACCAUGUCUAUGUAUCUGGCCAGUGUGCUUAAUAUUCUAAUCUACUAUGUUCUACUAUUUAAAUAUUGGGCACGGCAACAGGUUGCUAUGCUAUAUAUAUGAAAUAUCUCACAACAGUACACUUGUAGUGCUGUAUAUAUGAAAUAUCUCAUUACAGUACACUUGUAGUGCUGUAUAUAUGAACUAUCUCAUAACAGUACACUUGUAGUGCUGUAUAUAUGAAAUAUCUCACAACAGUACACUUGUAGUGCUGUAUAUAUGAAAUAUCUCAUUAAAGUACACUUGUAGUGCUGUAUAUAUGAAGUAUCUCAUAACAGUACACUUGUAGUGCUGUAUAUAUGAAAUAUCUCAUUACAGUACACAUGUAGUGCUGUAUAUAUGAAAUAUCUCAUAACAUUUCACUUGUAGUGCUGUAUAUAUGAAAUAUCUCAUAACAGUCCACUUGUAGUGCUGUAUAUAUGAAAUAUCUCACAACAGUACACUUGUAGUGCUGUAUAUAUGAAAUAUCUCACAACAGUACACUUGUAGUGCUGUAUAUAUGAAAUAUCUCACAACCGUACACUUGUAGUGCUGUAUAUAUGAAAUAUCUCACAACAGUACACUUGUAGUGCUGUAUAUAUGAAAUAUCUCACAACAGUACACUUGUAGUGUUGUAUAUAUGAAAUAUCUCAUUACAGUACACUUGUAGUGCUGUAUAUAUGAAAUAUCUCAUAACAGUACACUUGUAGUGCUGUAUAUAUGAAAUAUCUCAUAACAGUCCACUUGUAGUGCUGUAUAUAUGAAAUAUCUCACAACCGUACACUUGUAGUGCUGUAUAUAUGAAAUAUCUCACAACAGUACACUUGUACUGCGGUAUAUAUGAAAUAUCUCAUAACAGUACACUUGUAGUGCUGUAUAUAUGAAAUAUCUCAUAACAGUACACUUGUAGUGCUGUAUAUAUGAAAUAUCUCAUAACAGUACACUUGUAGUGCUGUAUAUAUGAAAUAUCUCAUAUCAGUACACAUGUAGUGCUGUAUAUAUGAAAUAUCUCAUAACAGUACACUUGUAGUGCUGUAUAUAUGAAAUAUCUCAUAACAGUACACUUGUAGUGCUGUAUAUAUGAAAUAUCUCACAACAGUACACUUGUAGUGCUGUAUAUAUGAAAUAUCUCACAACAGUACACUUGUAGUGCUGUAUAUAUGAAAUAUCUCACAACAGUACACUUGUAGUGCUGUAUAUAUGAAAUAUCUCACAACAGUACACUUGUAGUGCUGUAUAUAUGAAAUAUCUCACAACAGUACACUUGUAGUGCUGUAUAUAUGAAUAUCUCACAACAGUACACUUGUAGUGCUAUGUCCAAUACGCUUUGUUGUGACGAGUACGCGGGCCGUGACCGAUGUUCAAUACUAUCAUACCAUCAUACCAUCAUACCCUCAUACUGUCUACCCACUGUACAUCACAUUACAUCGCUGAUUACAUUACUUCACCCACCUAAAUAGAAUGUAAUAUUUGACUGUGGACAACGUUUCUCACUGACAUGGAACUUAAGGUCGGAAACGGCAUAUAUUUAUCAUCGACGUGUAUGUCAUCGUGGGUUGAGCUACAUCCUAGAUACAGCGAUACCUAGGAUAAUAUAGGUACGACCUAUGAUAUAGUUAGCACCUAGGAUAUAUGACCUAGGAUAUAACAAGGACCUAGGAUAUAGCAAGGACCUUGGAUAUAACUAGGACCUAUCAUGAAGUUUGGACCUUGGAUAUAGCUAGGACCUAUGUUUUAACCAGGACCUGGGAUAUAACUAGGACCUAGGAUAUAGCUAGGAUCUUGGAUAUAACUAGGACCUUGGACAUAACUAGGACCUAGGAUAUAACUAGGACCUUGGAUAUAAAAAGGACCUUAGAUAUAACUAGGACUUAGGAUAUAACUAGGACCUGGGAUAAAACUAGGACCUUGGAUAGAACAAGGACCUGGGAUAUAACUAGGACCUGGGAUAUAACUAGACUAGCAACCUUCAUCCCCACACAAGGAGUACCCGCUUGUCAUGCUUUGUACGAAUAGAAUCGCCUUCUGCAUCUUCAGCACCGAGGACUGUCAGACCUGUCAGCUGACCUUGCAUUUAAUCGUCUAUCACAUUUCAUGUCAGUGAUUCUAUAUCACUAUGUAUUUAAUAUUUGUCUUGUAAUUGCGUGAUCCAGUGUUCAGGGCUGAGACACCUUGUUCUCCGUCAUCAAUAUCAAUAUGACGAUAGUAUUUAUUCCCCACUGUAUUGUGGAAUAUUAUUGUAUACACUCAAGUGACGUGCACAAUGUUGACGUUCAGUAGUAUGUAUACUAACAUUAUAGUUACGUGUGUAGUGUAUAGUUAUGACGCUGUGCGAUAAUUGCAGACGCGCGGCCCGGGGUAUAACUUUAACUUUACAAUUACGCAGAGAUGUAGAAUAUUAAUUCUGCGAUUUUAAGGUGUAAGAAGUGCAAGAUUGGAUUGAAAAACAGACACUGUUAGGGAUUGUCCAACAUUUUGUUGCACAUUUAGCCACUUAUUUGACAGUUGUAACCUGUAAACUUUGUAACCUUGUAAACCUAUAGGAAAUACUGUCCAAUAUCUGAACGACGUAAUGCGGCAUGUUCAAAACGAAACCUAUCUUGUUACAAAUGACGGGUCAAAAGCUCCGCUAUGCGUCAAUAUUGGUCAUUAUGACUCGGUUGGCUAUGGAUCGCGACAAUAUAUAUUCUAAUUGUUUUGCUCACGAGUAACCAAACAGUUUCAACACAUUUAUCGAUGAAAAUAAUUCACUUUAAUGUAUCCUGCCAAAUCAUAAGGUAUGACGACAUCUUCUUACAUCAGAUGGCCCUAUCUAAAACUGCAAUUAGUCCUCAGAUACUGGCAUUCACCUGAUUGUGUAAGUGCUUGUAUUAUAUUUCUGUACAGAUAUAGGCCGUAGGUCCCUGGGACUAUCGACUGCAGUGUCCAGCUGUCCAGUUAUUCAUUAUAACGCUUUGUGUAGAUGUAAGCCGCAGGUCCCUGGGACUAUCGACUGCAGUGUCCAGCUGUCCAGUUAUACAUUAUAACGCUGUGUGUAGAUGUAAGCCGUAGGUCCCUGGGACUAUCGACUGCAGUGUCCAGCUGUCCAGUUAUACAUUAUAACGCUUUGUGUAGAUGUAAGCCGUAGGUCCCUGGGACUAUCGACUGCAGUGUCCAGCUGUCCAGUUAUACAUUAUAACGCUGUGUGUAGAUGUAAGCCGUAGGUCCCUGGGACUAUCGACUGCAGUGUCCAGCUGUCCAGUUAUACAUUAUAACGCUGUGUGUAGAGCGUGCAGAUCAUAAUACCCUGAGGCCACUAACAUUCUUUGCAUAUGGUAAAUGAAGCUAGCUAAUUUUCGUUUAUUUCAUUUGAAGUAGACAUUAAUAUAAUAAGUUUAACAGUGAUUUAUAGACGUAAAAUAUCUUAAGCAAGUACAUUUGGCGGAAGUCUCCAAACAAAUUACAGACUAGCAAAGAAAUAAUAUUCCGUCUCUUAUAACAAACUCUGCAUAGUUUCUGUUCUCGUGGUACGUGUACCUAUUAUCUGUCUCAAUACAUAGCUCGUGUGAGCUGUAGAGAAACUGUGCAAUAGCAUACCUGGAUUCACUGAGUGUUACUGAAUGUAUACACGGUUUCACAGAGCAUUGAUUCUUGAACACUGAACAAUAAAACGUUUUGGUACUGACACAAUUAUUCAUAUUGAUACAGAAGCCAUCCUCCUUUAGUCAUACGAUAUGAUGAAAUAGUACUUCAGAAAAAAAGUAGAGAAAUAGAUGGCCGUAUCUGAAACUAUCAUUAGUCGCUAGACACCGCAUACACCUGAUUGUGUAACUUGACACAUGCUGCCCAGUUGUUGAUGGAGUGCACGUCUUAUCAUCUCGUGGGAGAAAUGACUGAUAAUUCAAUAACUUUUUGUUAAACGUCAAGGUUUAUUUGAUUUCUUUAGCGACGUCGGAGAUGUUGAUUAAUUUAUGUCUAACCUGCGUUUCGGUCUCGGCAUGAAUAAUCUCGUUUUAUAAAAAGGUAUGGCGUAUUGGAUGUGAUAUAAUAGUAUGCAUGGUAUGAGGUUCAUGAAGAAAUUCACCAAUUUAGUUUCUUUUAAUUUCUUUAUGAAUACCGCAAACAAAUAACACAUGGAAUUCCAGUUUCAAUAUAGGAAUGGCCCCUGUUUGUGAUAAUCGUUAGCUGGUUUCUGGGCUUCUCCCUCUCAUGGGCGUGGUCUGGGUUUCGCAACUUCUUCUUGGGUGGCGUCAAACUAACUGGAUUGUGAUCGCUGUAUUAUGCUGCUCAACUUGCGGUAUCUCAAUGAAUAUGUGCAUGCCUCCCCUCGAGAUGAUUGGUUGGCGUCGACUCACUGCUCAGGGAUAUAUCUUGUGCUUCGUGACAAAGUCUUUUGUGUAAAUGGUGGUCGGCUACCCUCCGAUGAAUGGAAGUUCGACAUCCGGUCUUAAUCAUGAACUUGUAUUCGGAACAAAAAACAUGUGUCAAGUCCUCUUAGAAUUGAGAUUAAACUGUACGCCAACCUGCGCAUUUGUCACAGUGGAAUACUAUUUCUUGUCUGUAAUCACUUUUAAAGCACAAAUCGUAUACUAAAUUAUUAAUAUUUCACUCACUCAUUGAUGUAUAUUUUAAAGUGUUCACCCAUUAGAGUGAAUGUGGAUAUAGUUCACUAAUUAUUUAUGUCGUUAUGUUUUGUGAGAUAUUCAUCAAUAAGUACUAUGUAAGAUGCCCCAUUAAUCCCCUAUUGUGUUUACCAACCACCACGGUCGGGUGAAUCUGUCCCUAUAACAAUAGGUGCUGGACACAUAGGACCCAAGUAAACCAUGCAGACUGGGCGCCGGCCCGAUGGUUGAAUCUGCGCAGCGCCUCAAACACCGGGAACCCGUUUAAAACCACUAAGGGGAAUCCCCUAGUGACGGAAGUUUUCGUUUGGGUCGCGAUUUCGCAUGUCGUGUUUUUAUCGUCUGUUUUACGCUAUUUAUGUUUUUCAAAUUUAAUUUUGGUUAAGCAUUUGUGAUUAAGUAUGCUCUAAAGUAUUAAAAUCUGCAAAGUCGGUUUGUUGACUUAACUUUACCUUUGGUGUCUUCCAUGCAGACACUUAUACUUAUAUCAGGUUUGUAGAAUGUUCCACUUACAAAGUAACGUUUUGCGAUGAAUAUAGGUGAUUUCUGACAUACAGCAUCUUACUGCCACUAAACGAUUUCAGAAUAGCUUCCACGUAUCAAAUCAAAGGUUCUACCGGUGUAUUUAAAGAACAUGUAGAAGUUGCAAUCAUUUCCCAGGAACCGGAUGAAUAUAUUAUGUGGAUUUCGCUCAAGGCUGAAGGCUGUAGUACAUAUUAGACAUGGCGGCGUUAUUGCACAGAUGCACAUGUUGUAGUCAUUGUUCUGCCUAUCACGGAUCAGCUGGGAAAUGCAUAGUCGACAGGGUGCAAAGAACGUUGGUGCAAGAAUUGAAUAAUGGACGUGUAAUAUCCAUGUUUUAUACUAUGGCAUAAUCGUUUACUCGAUGCAUUAAUUCAUUCAUCAAAUUCAUCGUUAACUAUAAUGAUCACGGGGAAGGACGACGUCGUUGAACGUCCUUCACUCAUUGAUGCACAACUUGAAAAGAAGAAUGAAUGAGGUCAGGGAAUGACGUUGCGUUACCGUCGGGUCGCUUCUUGAAGUCUUCCUCCUGGUGUUUCACAACCAAAUACACAUGGUAAAUGAUGACUGGUUGGUGACCCAGAUAUUUACUGAAAUGUACCCUCCCGUCGAUUUAUGUUUUAACGAACAUGUAACUUCACAUGUAACAAUGUAACUCAUGAUCACUUUAUUCUGAUAAUUGCAUGUAACAAGGAUUUCUACAGGUCAUAUUGGUUUUAACAUUAUUAUGCAACAUUUUAAUACAAUGUAUGUGAACAAUAUUUUUGCCAUGAAACAUUAUGAAACAA